AUGCUCGGUUUCAAGGGAAAAUCCGGCCAAACCGGCCAAUCCGGUCAACUCGGCUCCAAAGGCACCGCCUGGAUCAUUCUGAACGUCAUUCGCUGCUGCAAUAUCGCCGUCCUUCUUUCCGUCAUGGUCACAUGCGUCCUCAUGAUGAUCUUCGCCAAGAUGCCCAGCGCCUGGCAAUUCUUCGACGAUGUCACCCUCGCAUUCGUCCUGAGCGUCGCCGGUCUCCUCAUCUUCUCCGAGGUCGGAUUAUGGGAGAAGGGACAGGCGUUCGUCGCGGCGACCUGGCCCAUCUUGGGUCCGUCGAAGGGCUUUACCUGGUUGGGGGCGAUCAUUUCGCUCAUGGGCUGCCAUCUCCUUGGCUCGCUCAGCAAUGAGACCUACACUUCCAAAUCUGUUCCCAAGCAGGUUUCGCAGAUCAUGAUGGGUUCCGGCAUCAUAUGCCUGACCUUCGGCAUCAGCAACGUCAUCGCCUCGCUUGCCUUCCGGAACAAGAAGAACGGCCUGCGAGCUCGCGCGGUCCGAAAAGAGGGCGCGACGGUGAGCAACGUCGUAUUCCACGACAACUACAGCACUUCGAGCAGCCCGUCUUACAAUGAGAAGCGCGUCAACAUCAGCGGUCCUAUUCCCCAAAACCAAGACCUCGAGCAAGGUUACUCUCAUAGCGAGUACACUCUGGCCGAAGACGACCGACGCAGUCCGAUCAUGCCGGAGCUGAAGCGACCGGAUACUGCUCUACAUCCCGCCAACCGAUCAAGCUCGUACUCUGAAACCAGCCACCUCACGCGCUUUACCCAGCUUCCGGAGAACAAGUUCUAG